AUGGAGGAUACCAUGGCACCUACCGUCUAUACCAUUGACCUCUCGCUACCACCCCGAGAGCGCUAUGCACACGUUGCAGCAAAGGCCGCCGAUACCCUGCACCCACUGUCAGAGCUCCUCGACAUGCACAUUCGCCAAUGGAAACUUCCCAUCAAGCUCCUUCACUUCAUAGCCAGUUUGUUGCUCUACCAGCUGCACAGUUUCGAGCAAACCGAAGAGAUAAAGGGCAUGUGUGAUACAUGCAACAUCCCGUUGUAUAUUCUCAUUGUGUGGAACGUCUCCAUAGACGUUUUUCUGGGCUGUACCAGCGGCGGCGCCGCUGUCAACGAACCGGGUUUCCUUGAGCCAACCAUGAUGCAUUUCCGGGCUUUGGAUUGGAGCCAGCAUGUGAUGCGCCGUGCACUUGCUCAGUUCGAGUUUGUUGAAAAACCGGGCGGACCGGUGAUUGCCAGGACACUGGGGUUUGUUGGACAUGUUGGGGUACUGACUGGGGUACGCAAAGGAUUGAGUGUAUCAAUCAGCUGGCGUCCUAGCCAUGACAAGCCUUUCUGGUCGUCAGAGCGCUUACAGUCAUACUGGCACACACUCAUGGUAGUUCUGGGGAUGAGACCCAGUAUCUGUACUCUGCUACGCGACUGUCUGCUUCCCAGACAGAUGGAGAAACCAAGGCGAAAAGAGGGGCUUUUCGAGACAUGCAAUCAGAAUGAUGAAAAGGGUCCUACACACACCGAGUCGCUUCCGCCAUACGCUAUGGACGAUGUUAUCAAAGUCAUACCUACGAUGGGUACUUCACUCGCCUACAUCACCUUCUGCACGCCCACCGAAACAGUAAUCCUGGAAAAGCACUUCUGCACCGCAAAGAUACGCCGCUCGUCAACCUUCAUCCACGUAGCCAACCACGACGACUCUCUCGAUGUCCUCCACGCACUCAAGGUCCAAGCCACCGACGAUGAGACCAUGAGGUUCAGGCGCUACGUGGAGUGCGCAAAGGGCAAUAUCAGGGUGCAAAGAAGCCUUGAACGCAACCACGGUCUGAAGCGACGCUGGUCGGAUUGGGAAAUUGAGCAGGCGCGUGAGGAAAACCAGGUCAUGACUGGCUUGACUUUGCCGAGGCUGAUUGAGCUUGUACGCUUCUAUCCGGUGAUCAACGCCAGGACGUACUUCCUCUGUGUUAUGGAUCCGAAGGAGGGUAUUUUUCGCUGGGUUGAGCCGUUCGCUGAGGGACAGUUUAGGAAACAGUUGGGGAUCGCUUAG